AUGCCAGCCCUUGGUGAAUCAAAAGCCAUAGCACUAAGACGUUUUUAUCAACUUGAACGUCGUUUACAGGCCAAAGACGACAUUAGAGAAAAGUAUAUCGAAGCCAUGCGAGAGGAAAUCUCUAACGGAUACAUCGAACGAGCAUGGGGAAAGCCAUCCACUGCAUCGUAUUACAUCCCACAUCACUAUGUGGAGAAGAGAUUCCGCAUCGUACACGAUGGCUCAUGCCGCACAUCGAACAGCCUAUCUCUCAACGACAUCCAAAUGAAAGGCCCAAAGCUUCAAUUUGAUCUCGCCGAUCAGAUUAUGCGUUUUCGUCGCCAUCAAUAUGCCGUUAUAGCCGACAUCAAAAAGAUGUUUAAACAAAUCAAAGUCGACCCAUCACAAUGGGAUCUACAACGAAUUUUCUGGCGUGAAAGCCCUAAUGAGCCGCUGCUUGAGUACUGGAUGACGUCAGUAGUAUUCGGAUUGAAAUCGUCAGUACAUUGUUCAUGCCGAGCAAUGAUACAAUGUGCCCGUGAUAACGCAUUAUCCUAUCCAGAAGCCGCGAAAGCCAUAGAAAAUAAUUUCUAUAUGGACGACGGUCUCAUAGGCCAUGAGACCACUAAAGGCCUUGAAGUCCUUUGCCAGGAAAUUAAUUUGAUUAUGAAAUCCGGUGGAUUUGAUCUCCGCAAAUGGCAUUCAAACUCUAUAGAGGUUGAAGGGCUGAUGCAAUCGUCUCAAAGCCGAGACGAAGUAGUCCUUGAGGACAAAGAAAAGGAAGCCACUAAGGUGCUUGGUCUUAAAUGGAUCAAGUCUACCGACGAACUAGCCAUUCGUGUCAAUGUCACUGCAGGCCAAAAAUCGAAAGCCGAUACCAAGCACACAUGGAAGUUGCAAGCCAUUCCAUGGGAUGAACCAUUACCAGAAGGUAUAGCCAAAAAAUGGACAGCAUUCUAUGCCAAACUCCAUGCCUUAGCCGAGUUUCGAAUACCGAGAUGGUUAUCGAUAAAAGGAGACACACUACGUGAAAUUCACGGAUUUUGUGACGCAUGCAUAAUAGCUUAUGGUGCAGUGAUAUACGUGCGAACUAUCAAUGCCGAUGGUCAAAUCAAAUGUAUACUCCUCACAUCAAAAUCGAAAAUUGCACCAAUCAAGCCGGUGAGCAUACCACGCCUUGAGCUGCAAGGCGCAGUCAUGUUGAGCCGAAUGCUUAACCAUACUCUGAAAAUAUGCGAUUUCAAAGAUGUCCCUUUAUAUGCCUGGACUGACUCGACAAUUGUGCUGUACUGGUUGAGACAAUCGCCCGAAAUCUGGGCACAUGUGGUGUCACAAGACAAUCCAGCUGACCUAAUAAGCCGAGGAAUAAAAGCCGACGAGAUCAUAAAGUCGAAAUUCUGGAAACAAGGCCCAGAAUGGUUAUUGAAAGCCAAAGAAGAAUGGCCAACGCCCAAACUGAAAUAG